ACCCUGUGAGCAGUCUGACAACGCUCUACAUGUACAUUCGAUUAUUCGAUACAAUGUGAUCGUUUUCAAUGGCGCAUCAUAACAACGGCGUUGUGAUUUUCGCCUAUAUUUCUAAACUGCUGAAUUACAUUCAAUGAAAUCUCAACACAAUGGUACCUGUCGUUAAGCAGCCAACGCUUCCCGCCAAAACGCUGCGUUCCACAACUCGAGCCCAAAUCAAGGAGAAAAGGAAAAAUGCAUUGGACGAGCUAAUCAAUGCAGCGCCCGAGCAGAACGAGGAGCCAAGCACGUCAAGGAGCUCAGCUCAACCGGCAAAAGUUAAAUUGCCAAAGAAAAAGAAAGAAGUGGCCAAAAGGCCGAACAAACGAAAUGUGAAAAGCAGCCAAACAAAUCAGGAGUCAAUGGAGCGAUACAAAUUGCUGAAGGUUUUGUGCAUGGAACUGGCUAAGCCAGGAACAGAGCCGUUGGAGCCCACCGCUACGGGCUACACGCAGCAGCAGCUGGAGCAGUUCCUGUUAAAUUCUACGCUCAAGCAGAUCCUGCCGGCGUCGUUGAUUGUUGCCAGCCAGAGCAAUGCACAGCAUUUAAGGCAAUUGCUCAGGUCCAUUGACGCCUUGGAGGAGGUGCAGCUGGAAGAGCUAUUGGAUCUAUAUCACUUGGCAAUCGAGAUGCAGAGCUACGAACAGUUGGACACACAUUGCCAGGGCAAACGCUGCCAACUGCUGCAGGCUGUCAGCGCUUUGGCCGUGCAGCUGCAGCCCGAAUAUAUUGAGUAUGUUGGCAUUAGCUUGUGCGAUCGGCUGAUCAUUGGCGUCGGCAAGGAGCGCAUGCAACGUGUUAUCGACAUGCACGGCGCGCUAGUCCUGCUCAUCGCCGACAGCGAUAUUAAUCGCCAAAUUGCCAUGACCAUCCUGCUGGCCACCUUUGCCAAAAUCUCGGGGCUUGAACUGCCCAGACUGCACGGAGAUAUUAUAACACUCGCCUUCGACCUGGUCAAGCGCGUGGACUGGAUGCGUUUGAUAGUCGAUGGCUGUGAGGCGGACAUGUUUGCGUUGUUGCGCAGCUUUGCACUGAUCAUCAACACGUAUGAGAAUCGUGUCGCACAUCCGCACUGGCAUGCGGGCAUCGGCAGCGAGAUACACAAGUUUUUCAUGCAGGUGCUGCGCACUGUGCGCUUUUCCAGCAAAUAUAAUAACUUAAUCAUGAUGAUGGAACGUUUUAUAGUAUUUUGUGUUGUACGUGGGGCUACAGCGAGCUUCCAUUCCACAGAUGUGUUUGACACCGGAUCUCUAUCGAGCUAAUCGAACAACCCCAACAACAUUAUAUUUAUUAAGUAAUUAUACCUAUGUACGUUAAUUAAUUUGGUUGUUGUUAUUUUUUCAUUAUUGCAUUUGUUACUAACUCAAAUUUAGUUUCUUAAGUAAAGUUCGGGAUGUUCAACAAGUGUGCG